CUUUAAAAGAGUGAAGGACAGCUGUAUCAUUCAGCCAAUCCCACAGCUCUCCUGGAGCCUAAACUGCCAAAAUGGGAGGGAUCAGGACUUCUGGGGUUGACAUCACCGUCCAGCUGAUUGCAGGGGACCGGAAAAAGAGUUGUUUACAGGCUGCCAAAGUGAGGCUGGGAAUGAAAUGAUGAUGUGGCCGUUUCGGGGCCUGGAGGUGAACCGAGCCCCAUGCGACGUGAGCUUCAUGGAGGCCAUCAAUCAGCGCAUGCAGGUGCCCAGCAGGCUGCAGGUGGUGCAUGAGACCAACCCACAGGAAAAGGAGAGAGAAGCUGAGGAGCUUCGUCCUUCCUUUCGGAUGCACAUCCCUGAUAGGCUGUCGCUGGCAGAGAUGAUGGAUGAUAGUCGAAGGCCUCUCCUGUUGGACCAGCUAAGGCAGCACCCCUCUAUUGUGCAUAUGCCUCAGAACCCUUCCACCCAGCCUACAGGAUUUGGGGAGCUCCUGUUUCUGGACACCACGACCCAAUCAGGCACCCAGAAACGCAAGCGAUCGACCCACCAUGGCAGACUGCGGAAGGAGAGAACUCCGAGCGAGACCCCCCAGAUUGCCUUGCGUUGCACGAACCAGAAGCCUGACCGGCCAGACACAAGCCCACUGCCCAGCCCCCCAUUCCCUCCAUUUCUUCAGAAUGGCAGGAUCUACUCCCUGCAGAACAUCUUCCAGAUGGUGUACUUCCUGGGUCACCUACUCUUCCACCGUGUUAAGAAGUCUGCCCGAGACCGAGCUCAGCCCAGCUCCCAGGACACAGGGCCAGCCUCAGAAAGCUCCCUGGAGGAGACUGGCGUGACUGACAUCAUAGCAAUGAGGAAACAGUUGAACAAGAUCUCUGGGAGGCUGUGGACUCUGGAGGAGCAAUGUACUGGCUGGCGUCAGAAGGAGCUUCUGGUCUACUCUGUGCUAGUCUCUGCAUGUCUCAUCAACACCUGGCUUUGGCUAAGGAGAUAAAGAGCCCUACCCAUCCCAGGAGAGAGACAGCCUCUGUGUGUGCAUGUGUGAUGGGGGAAUCCUUACUAGAGCACUUAUGAACAGUAAACUCAGUGUGCUUCUUAAAGUGACUGGCCCACUUCUCCUAGUGUAGAUUCCCUGUGGAUUUGAGCCCUUUGGCCGCUGUUGGAGUGAAGAUGAACAGACUGGGAUGUACCUGCGAUGCUGGAGGAAGUGUAUGUGUGUGGGGGGGUGAAGGUGAGGAGUGAGAACUGCAGUGCUGGGUUCUCUUGCCCAUGCAGCCAGUGCCUACAGGGAAAUGUUUGGGAGGGUUGGAGAAGGCUUGCUUAUAAACAAUGAAUUUUGGUCUGUGUCCUGCAGCUAUGCUGCUUUGGGUUGUGGCUUUAUCAGAUUGCUACUGCUCUAUAAAUAUAACUAUAUGGUGUGGUAAGCUGGCUUCGGUUAGUACCUGGAUGGGAAGCCUCCAGGGAUAUCCCAGACGCUCCGAGAAGUAGUGUUGGUCGUUCAGUAGGUGGUCCUCUAUUUCCUCUGCAUCUGCACUGAACCAGCACCCCAGCCCUCUGUCAGGGGAUGCUAGGCUGCUAUUGAUGCCAUCUUUUGGAGGAGAGACAAAACUGACAUUCUGGGCACCUGUGGCCAUCAGAAAUUCCACUGCAUUUUGGAUAUGGUCAGCCCUGGUCUCUGGACCAAAUUCCAGCCGGAUAACUAAACAUUGACUCCUUAAGAUUCCCCUGUAGUUUUAUUUAGGCCCUUCUACAUCUCCUGCCCUAAAUUCGUGUUGAGUGGCUGUGCACUUUUAAAGGGUUACUAUAUCUCAUCACAGGGAAGGCUGCAUCUUUUUUUUUUAUGUGGCGGGUGAAGCAAUCCAUAUUUAUUUAGCUUGUAAGGCACAUUGGUAUCCUUGAGACUGCCAGGGGAUCUGUAAGAUCUCUAUCAGUGUUCAGGUAUUGUCUAGGAGGCUGGACGAUGACUUUGGUAUUUGGGUGUAAAGGGGGGAUAAAUGGGAUCUCCUGCUCAGAGCAUAUCCGCUGGAUAAUAGAAUGGUUUAUCAACUCUUGUAGCACUCCUGGAAAGCACGGGGCUACAGGUUUGGGCUGGGAUAGAAAAGGAUUGUUCUGUGCUACAGUAACUGGUGUGGAGCUGUUGUCAGUAUGACCUACUGAGCAACUGAAGUGGCCCUAAGAUGCUGACAAGGACCAUUCUUGGCUCAUUAUUGGCUAAAAAACUGCCAUGUGAUGAAUCUGGAAACGGUUGCCAUCCACCUUCUUGGAUCUCCGCAAUCUUCUGUUUUGGAAAGAUGGUAACCAUUCAGCUCACGUACACAAAUCACUUGCUUAGCUCACUUGCAGCCCACUAUGGUUUUUGCAGAGGCAUCUAACUUCACCCCUCAUUUUGAAUGCUGAUUGUGUGCAGUAAUAUUUAUAUAGCAUCAACACGCUAAGCACUUUACAGACCCGUCGGAAAGUGGGCCCAGAGGGCUUGCAAUCUAAAUACACGAGGUGCAAAUCCAAGAAAUGGGAUGGAUGGUACGUAGCAGGAAACAAUGUAACUGAAUGGUGCAUUUUAGUGUGUGCGCUUGUAUUGCAUAGUUUCACAGCAAUUCAUGGCUGUAAUGGGGACGCUUCCAGUUAGUUCUGAUGUAUGCAUCAUUACAUACACCCAGAGUUUGGGCCAGAUUUUUAGCCCAGUUGUAAGCAGGCUUCUCUUAUUCCAUCUAUAAAUAAACACGGAUGCAAUUUAGGUCAUUUUAGAUGUCUAUGUGGCGGUUUAAAUGACUUGCAUUGUACCAACUAACCAGGCCUAUAAAUCAGAUACUUGGGCACCUAAAUAAUCGACCCAUAAAUAAUUGUGGGUGCAAACUGUGCUUUGGGACUGAGCUGAGGAGAACAUCAAGAUUUAUUACAGCGGAAGCUGAAAUCUGCUGAUUGUUCAGCUGUCUCAUCAUGAAAUGAUGGUGAGUGCCUGGGGUGGGAUGGCUAUCUGCCUACAGGUGCUUCCUUCAUCUCAAGGUUAAGGAACAGGCAUGAGGGAGUAUGGCAGGGAUCUUGUAGUGCUUCUGCCUGGGUUAUUCUGGGGUGGUUGGAUUUUAGUCUGCAGGGCUGUCACUCCAGCUUCUCUCAUCCCUUUUUGGGAGGGGCCCCACCCAUUCCAACAGGGAUCAGACGGGCCUGCUCUUCUCACUGUAUCACUCCAGUCCCAUGUAAUGUCAAAAAAGAAUCUGCUACGAUUUUGCCAGAAGUGUGUGCUCUUGUGGUGGCCCCUGCUCCUGAGAAGAGAUGUUUGCGGUAGGAAGCUGUGCUUUCCAAUCCAGGCUAGAGACUGAUCCUGUGGGGCAUCCAGUGCCCUCACCCUCCUUGAAAUCAUUUGGAGCAGGAGUCGCUCAGCAACUUGCAUCAUCAGGCCUGUUGUGCCUACUCAGAGGGCAAUUGGUGAGUAGCCACCAGAGGUGAAAUAUGGGUUUAUUUUGUAUAAGGCAAAUGUCCUGCUGAUCAUAUGUGUGUGUAUAAAUCUGGAAAUAUCAAUCAAUAAAAUGCAUUUUUAAACAAAA